AUCAGUAACACCAUCGCAAAUUCCAUCAAAUAAUCCUUCAGGAGUCCCCUCCACAAUUCCAAGUUUAUCAAUCCAACCGAGUCUUUCCUCCAAUCCAUCACAGGGACCAUCAGGAUCUGCAAUGCCAUCCUUGUCCCUCAAUCCCUCUCAGCAGCCAUCUCUUUCCAUUCAGCCAAGUUUAUCAGCCAAUCCAAGCGCAUCUAUGGUGCCGUCUACAGGGCCCUCUAUCACCCCAGGUCAGGGAUUUCUUUCAUUGUUCAGUUUUCCCCUUGAGGAAGAACAUGAAUUCCAAACUGGACCAGAUUUUCUCACGGCCAUUGUGGAGGAAGCUGAAGAGAAGGAAGAAUAUGAGCUCGCCUCGGAAGAAUCUGAUUUUUCGGCAGAUGGCCAACCAGAAGGUGACGUUGGCAUGCCUGCUGAAGAACAAGUAAACCACAACAUAUUCAUGCAUCCAGAAGCACAUGACUUCUCUCGACAUCAAGAAACAGAGGGACAAGAAGAGGAGGAGGAGCAUGAUUUUGGUGAUACCAGUAGCCAAGAAGAAGAGCAUGAAUUUGCUGAUAGCGAAUCAGAAGGUGACGUUGGCAUGCACGCAGAAGAACAAGUAAACCACACUAGUUUCAUGGAUCCAGAAGUACAUGACUUCUCUCAAGAGCAACAAGAAACAGAAGAACCGGAAGAAGAGGAGCAUGAUUUUGGUGAUGUAGAAGAAGAAGAAGAAGAAGAAGAGCUCGAAUUGUUUGGUGAUGGCGACAAUGAACGUGACGUUGGUGUGCCUGCAGAAGAAGAGCAAGUUGAACACCACAACAUUUUCAUGCAUCCCCCAGGGAGUGCCUCUUCUCAAGAUCAAGAUCAAGAUCAAGAAGAAAGUGAUGAAGAAGAGCCUAGAUUUGGUCCUGACGAGUUUGAUUUUGGAACCGGUCCCGAUUUCCGCGAACACAAAGUUAUCCCAAUCGUUGUGCGGAAUCGAUUUGAUGAUGAAGAAGAGCACGAAGAACAAGAAGAGUUCAACUUUGAAGAGGAUGAUGAGGACCACGAAGAAGAGUUUGACUUUGGAACUGGCCCUGAUUAGCUAUCUAGCUAGUUUGUCGCCCUCACCACACGACGGUAACCAUCCAAGAAAGCAGACCACGAGUAAUCGUGUGUGGUUGUCGCAAUUCAUCUGGGAUAAUUCGACUCACUCACCGCCGUUCCGGUCAUCCCGACGAGCUUCGAAGUGGCCCGCCCCUUCUUGCAAUGAUGCAACAGGGAGCAUUGAAGGGCUGAGUGGCUUGACCACGGGGCAAUACAUGUAGCUAUACCGUAUUGUAAGCUAACUGUUCAAGCAGUUGUG